UCAUGUUCCUGCUCCUCUUCCUGCUCACCAGGCGCCGGGCCGACCUGGAGCACACCAGCCUGGGCCGGAGGAACGACGCGCGGCGCAGGCUGCGGAUCAGGCAGUAUUUCCAGCAGCGGCAACGCAAGAUGAUUCUGGACAAGUGGAGAGAACUUUGUUGCAGUUGGCUACACACCCUGUGACCUGAAGUAAUUAAUUCAAAUAUUGGGUGCCUGAAAUGAAAAAUGGUCAACAUUCCCCCCUUGAAUGCAAUCAUUUCCAAGAUAUUCCUUUGCAUGCUGUGGUACUUCAAGGCAGGAACUAGCUGUAAUGAUGGUGAUGGCACACGGAAAUAGUAGCACUAACUGUCGCACACGAAUUUGGUGUAAGCCAAGAAGUUCAGACUGGUGGGAACGUGUGGUUUUGGAUGAGUUUCAGCCAAACGAUUGGCUUGAAAAUUUCAGGAUGUCUAAAGAAACAUUUUUUCAUGUCUGUAACAAACUGAAGCCCAUGGUUUCUCGCCGAAACACCCACCUACGUCCAGCGCUACCCCUUGAGAAGAGAGUGGCAGUGGCGUUUUGGCGACUUGCUACUAAUGUGGAAUACAGAACAAUUAGCCAUUUGUUUGGGAUUGGCCGUUCAACUGUGUGUAAAUGUGUAAGGGAGGUGUGCCAUGCCAUAGUGACCCUUUUAAAACCUCUGUAUCUGAGUCUGCCUUCUAAUGAAGGAUUUGAAAUGACGGCUCAGAGAUUUGGAAGGAAGUGGAAUUUCCCCCAGUGUGUUGGUGUGAUCGACAGUUGCCACAUACCCAUCAGUGCCCCACCACAAUAUCACAGAGAUUUCUUAAAUGGAAAAGGGUGGCAUUCUGUUGUGUUACAAGGAGUGGUUGAUGAUACUGGGAAAUUCUGGGAUGUCUGCACUGGAUCUUCUGGUAGUUCUCUUGAUGCAAAAAUUCUGAGGAACUCUGAUCUGUGGACAACGGCUACUGAAAGAAGGUUGUUCCCUGACUGUUCAAAAAACAUUAUAGGAACUCCAGUGAACUACCUCCUAAUAGGCAGCUCUUCGUAUCCACUGCAGGAAUGGCUCCUGAAGCCCUAUUCAGAAACGGAAGCACUAACGCCGCAUCAGCUUGUGUUCAAUUACACUUUGAGCCAGGCUCACGCCAUAAUAGACGACACGUUCGGACGGCUCAAAGCACGUUGGCAGUGUCUUCUCAAGAGGAAUGACUGCAGCCUAGAACUGAUCCCGACCAUGAUCACUGCCUGUUGCAUUCUUCACAAUGUCUGUGAGAAACAUAACGAUGGAUUUAACAGUGAAUGGCUGGGUGUUCUGGGCCAGGAGGAAUUUCCUCAGCCAAAUCAAAUGGUGUCAGAUAGAACUGUUGACAGCCAAGCAGAAGAGAUCCGUGAGGCGUUGUCUGUUUAUUUUAUGGGUCUGCAGGAAAGAUAGUUCUCUAAGUUGUAAAUUUUUUAGAAAUUGUAAAUAAUAUGAUUUUUCACUAGCUAUCUGAAUACGAAUGUCUUGAUAUUGUGGUACGAUAUGUCAUUAUAAUAAAACUGUAUGCAUCAUGGUUAUUAAAUGAAAAUGAAAUACACUAAACAAUUAUUUGGUUAAAUACAGCUGCUGCUAGCUCAGUAGUAGAUUUAUUUAUUUAAUUCCAAGCAUCAUGAGAAAGAAAUUGAGAAGGGAAAGUGAGAGUGUUUUGAUUGAUGUCUAGAUCUCAUCAUGCAGUGGUGCAAGACAUGACUUGUAUUUUCUAUUUUCUAUAAUCAUUAUAAGUAGUAAUUUUCUGAUAUGAUACUUGAGCAUAUAUUUUCAUUGUAGAAUAAAGAAAAUAGCUGGAAUAGUA